UUCCGUGUGUGUAAUUAAGGUUAUUUCGUGUGCAGUUACGUACCAAUGCCGCAGAACACCUUCCAUGCGGUGAAAUAAAUGGUAGUAAGUGUUUUGUGGUGAAAUACCACCGCUUAGUUUCGACUUGCAUUUAGUGUGUUCUUGCGCAUGCACAAGAACACAACGUUUGGACGUAUUUAGAGGUCGUCGGCGCGUUUGGCGUGUGACAUCCUCAUCGCAAAUGAUCAGUGAGCGUGUGAAGUGAUGCCCUGCGUGCGGACGCGUUGAAGCCCUGUGCUACAUCAGACACCGUUUUUGUACAAACGUCGUAUUGGACCGGUGAGAAUUUUCUUCGUUGUGUGCGGCGAGAAUUAAGCUAGGGACAUUACCGCUCAGCAGGAAGUAGGUAAGGACGGCUGUCUGCUGUACACUUUUGGUGAAUCGACUCGCGUUUUAAACGCAACGUACUUGAGUCGGAGGACUUCGUUUAAGUAGCGCCGAUUAAGCCGUUCAGGAUGGAAGAUCGCAGCGCUUACGACGCUCACGGUGCUUGUGGUGGGUGGGACGGGGACCGCCGUAGACACAGCUUGCACAACGGUGGCGUCGACUUUGCAGGAACGUACUAUUAUGACGUGAACAGUAGCCAGCCCGUUGAUUCACCGCCUUGGGGCCGGGACUCCGAGAGACCUCGCGAACGCCACGCCGUCCACCAAAGCGGUUCUCGCACCGAGCAACGCUCAGAGCGCUCAAAACAGAAAUCCGAGUCCCACACUGUGGCCGAGGCACCGCGGCGAACUACUCAAGAUCGCAGUCGUCGGAAAGGCGAACCAUUCAGGUUCGACCGGAGACCGCGAAAUAGAGCCCGUGUUGCUCCUAACGACCGUGUAGCUGAUGAGCGAGGAUGGGAGGAUGUCCCACAUGAAGUGCCUGCGUGCUCUGUGGCCUCUGACAGAAUUCGCCCUCAGGAGAAUGCUGCCGAGAACGUAUCAGGUCAGUGUGCUCAACCCCCGCGUGGGAAACGUGGCAAGAAGAACUCUUGUGCGAAUUCUGUUGCCUUUUCCGAGUCGUCAGCUCGUGACGAAGUGCAAAGACAGGGACCCGCGAAGCGCAAUGUUGGGGCCAGGAAAGACUCGCAAUGGAAGAAAACACAGAGACAUCAUGAACCAUAUGAACCGGGCAACGGUCGAUCAGCAGCAGGCACGGGUGAAUCUCAGUUGAGAUGUGCAUCACCUGCAACCGACCAGCUGCAAGAGCAAGUAAGAGACGGCCACGAAAGAAAAUCCUUCCAGCAGCAAAAGAGCGAUGGUGGGCCUUGCAGGAAAUUAGCAGAUGACGGUAGGCGGUCGCCUCGUGUGAGGAACCGAAACUCGAAGACCAGUCAUCAAGCUGGAAGAAGCCAGGAUUUCAGCUCAAACACGGAUUGGCAACAAAAGUACCGAGAUUAUGGAGAGGGAGCAGGUCCUUCACAGAAGGGUCGUUACCAGCAAAGGAAAAAUGACAGGAGAGACAACAGAAACAGGCCAAAUAGUCGCCACAGCGAACAUUCACAAACAGAACAGAUUGUUGAUGGCGAUGUUAGGGAAGCCCAGCAGAGUAUUCAAAAUAGUGAGAGAAGUGGCAAGGCUAAGUAUUGUGCUCACGAUCAUAAACACAACAAUUUUUCUAGUUAUGAUCCUCAAGAAGCAAACCGGAGGCACCACCCGAGCUCAUCGAGGCAGCAAUACCCAAGUCGAAAACAAGGCUCCUCAUCUCGAAGCUACCCCCAAAUGCCAAGACCAGAAGAUGCACCGCAGAAAGAUCGUCUGACGGAUCAGCUGCUUUCUGGAGAGUAUGAAUGCAUGGUGUGCUGCGAACGAGUUCGGGGUACUGACGCCAUUUGGAGUUGCUCUAGCUGCUACCACAUCUUUCAUCUGUCAUGUGUCCGCAAGUGGGCACUUUCACCUGCAGCUCUUGUAAAAGAAGGUGGGUGGCGGUGUCCGGGCUGCCAAGGCACUGUGCUGGCGGUGCCCGACCGCUACAUCUGCUUCUGUGGGAAGCGAGCGAACCCGGAAUGGAACCGGUAUGGAGUGCCGCACAGCUGUGGCGAGAUGUGUGGCCGGUCACGGGGUGCGUCUUCCAUGUGCGUGCACCGCUGCAAUCUCCAAUGCCAUCCUGGCCAGUGCCCUCCCUGUAGUGCCACUGUGAGAAGGCCGUGCCCAUGUGGAAAGCUCAUUAGGCACGUGCGGUGCAGCCAGGAGCACGAGGCUAGCUGUGGUGAGCCCUGUGGCCGUCUUCUGAACUGUGAGAUCCACACUUGCCAGGCACAAUGCCAUACAGGUUCCUGUGAUCCCUGUGCCCGCACAGUGCAACAAAAGUGCUUCUGCGGCAAACAGAAGCGGGAAUCCCUCUGUACACUGGAAUCAAACGCAUCCAGCGAGUUCUCGUGCGGUGAUCCCUGUGGCCGGUCCCUGCAUUGUGGACUCCAUACGUGCGAGGAGGAGUGCCACUUUGGCGAGUGUGGCCCCUGCCCUCUCCUGCCGGACUCAGUAACACACUGCCCAUGCGGCAAGAGCCGAUUAGCUAGCAUAGAGGGAGCCAAACCCAGGCUCUCAUGCUCAGACCCUGUGCCUACAUGCGGAAAUACUUGUGGGAAGCUGCUCCAGUGUGGUCCAAAAGGCAAUUGGCACCGAUGCGCUGCCCAAUGCCACGAGGGAGCUUGCCCCCCAUGCACACGAUCAAGUGCCGUGCGAUGCCGAUGUGGUGCAACGUCGCGCGAGCUUCCUUGUGUCGAGCUUGGCUCUCCGGAGCGGCAGGAGCCCGAACUGUGUCAACGUCGUUGUCAGAAGCGGCGGCAGUGUGGCCGCCACAAGUGCCUAGCCCUGUGUUGUGUGGACGUCGAGCACCGCUGCCCGCUUGUGUGCGGCAAACGUCUUUCGUGUGGGCAGCAUGUAUGCGAGGAACCCUGCCACAGGGGAAAUUGCCCUUCCUGCUGGAAUGUCAGCUUUGAGGACCUGAGCUGCCACUGUGGCAGUGUCACGCUGAGUCCCCCCAUAGCGUGCGGGACAAGACCUCCCGAAUGUGGUCAGCCAUGUGCCCGGGAACACCCUUGUGGACACCCUGUCACCCACACAUGCCAUAGUGACCCAGACUGUCCUCCCUGCGCCACACUCACUGAAAAAUGGUGCUUUGGUCAUCAUGAGAAACGCCGGGCCGUGCCCUGCUUUCUGGAAGGCCUGUCAUGUGGGCGACCGUGUCAACGUGACUUGCCCUGUGGCCAGCACCAGUGCCAACAGACCUGCCACGAUGGCGAGUGCCGUCCUCAGGGCUCUGCGCAGGCGUGCACCCAGCCUUGCGUGACACCGCGGCCAUCAUGUGGUCACCCUUGUGGGGAGCCCUGCCAUCCAGGCACCCCAUGCUCAGUGGCUUCUACUUGCAAAACAUUGGUGAGCAUCUCGUGUGAAUGUGGCCGACGAUUGGAGAAGCUUCCCUGCGGCAGCUCGGAGGCUCAGCAGUCAAGCUUUCACCAGCUGUCGGCAUCUCUGCUGGCCUCCAAGAUCAAGGACAUCCAGCUUGGAGAGAGCGUCGACAUCAGUCGCACGGUCAGCCUAGCCCGAAGCAGGCCUUCCAGGCUGGACUGCAACGAAGAGUGUGCCGUAUUGGAGCGAAAUCGACGAUUGGCAAAUGCCCUGCACAUACAGAAUGCAGAUGUGUCAAACCGAGUAGGCCCUCCAUGCUACUCUGAGUUCCUGAAGGACGAAGCCCGCAAGAACCCAUCUUUUAUGCUUUCGGUGCACCAAACUCUGACGCAGCUGGUGCAAACGGCACGACAGUCCAAGCAAAAGUUCCGGAGCCAUUGCUUCCCGUCGAUGAACCGAGAGCAGCGCAGAGCAGUGCACGAGCUUGCCGAGUUCUUUGGCUGCGACACCCAAAGCUACGACCAGGAACCUUUCCGUAAUGUGGUCGUAACGGCCUACAAGGAUCGUUGCCGCAUUCCAAGUGGCAGUGUAGUCGCAGUCGUUCAAAGAGAGGCCGCACCCACUCCACAGAGGAAAGGGCCCGCACCGUUGCCGCAGAGCCGCAAGCGCAUUGACCCGGUCGCUAGCUCGAGCAUGCUGAUGCCACUGAAUUCCAGCCAAGGACAUUCCACAUCCAUUGCACAGCCAGAAGCAGCACCGGCUGCGACUACAUUUGACUACUUCAACUUCACCUCCGGAUCUUAACUACAGUUUUUGAUGUGUGCAGAAAGGAGGAAACACAGUGCCGCUCCACAAGCUUACAACGAAACAAAGAACCCGAUGCCUACUGUGAUGCCGGGCAGCUUCAGCUGCAUAUCUUCACGCUCACUGCCAAGUUCACGUGCUGUUUUGAGAUGCAUCAUUUUUCAUACUUUGAACAGUGUUCUUCCGGUGAAGCUUAUUUAUGUUGGGAGAGCUUGUAAUAAACUGUUUUUGUUAG